GCGUGCCCACCUCCUGUCUGCCAUCCGAUCCUACCCCGGUCUAUUCGCUGACUCAGUGCCUUAAACAGCAUCACCGUUCACCUGAACAGAGCAACAGCAUCCUCUGCGGAGAAAUCCAUCAGCCAUGGCUAAAACAGCAACCGCAUACAAAGAGAAGAUGAAGGAGUUGUCUGUCCUCUCCCUCAUCUGCUCCUGCUUCUACCCAGAGACACGCAACAAGCUUGAGCAUGAGUUUGAAGACAUGGAGGUGAAACCUAUUAACAAGCGGGCUUCUGGCCAGGCCUUUGAGGUGAUUCUCAAGCCUCUGUCUCCAGUGUCAGAUGUAGCCCAUAACCUCCCCUCACCCCCCAAGAGGGACAUCUCCUUGGAUGACAUUGAGAAGAAACUGGAGGCUGCUGAAGAUCGUAGGAAGUAUCAGGAGGCCCAGGUGCUGAGGGCUUUGGCAGAAAAGCGAGAGCAUGAGAGGGAUGUGUUGCUAAAGGCCAUGGAAGAGAACAGCAACUUUAGCAAGAUGGCAGAGGAGAAGCUCCAGAUGAAGAUGGAGCAGAUCAAGGAGAACCGUGACGCCUAUCUGGCAGCCAUGCUUGAGCGUCUACAGGAGAAGGAGAGACAUGCAGCUUUGGUGCGCAAGAACAAAGAGCUGAGGGAAGAGCUGACAGCAUGAGCCUCACACAAGUCCUGACUUCCAUGGUCCAUCAACGUCCCUCCAUCAAACCCCGCCCCCUCCCUCUCCCUGCCCUCACCCCCCUCAGAACAGACACCCAACCCUGGAGGCCGAGAGGUUCGAGGACCUCACCACCACAUCACAACACUCCACACCACCAGUACUCACCACUAUCAGUAUUAUCAGUGGAUACAAACAUCAAUAACACUCGUCUUGAGAAGGGAAUUGUUGAUUUUAGGGGAAUAUGGCUAUUAAUUUGUAAAUACUUUUUUCUUAAAAUCUAUCUAUCUAUCUAUCUAUCUAUCUAUCUAUCUAUCUAUCUAUCUAUCUAUCUAUCUAUCUAUCUAGAUGGUAGGUGAAGUACAAUACAAUACAAAUACUGUACUGUACUGCACUGUACAAUUUCAAACAUUUUGUUUGUGAUUAAUGUUUCAUUUCUUGAAAUUUGAUUCUGCGACCAUUUUCUUGUGAAAGCCCUUGGUGUUGUGAGUUGGCUGUAGACUGACAUUUGCGGUGUUUCCUGAUGAUGUCAUGAUGAUGAUGAUGUUUCUGUGUCUUUGUGAAGAAUAACGGUUGGUGUACCUAGACUGCAGAUUCCUCAAGAUCUCAACGUAUCCCAUCUGUAUCUUCCUCACGCACACACCUACUCAUUCUCAACACGCACGCUUUGGAACUUAACAAUACGCCAAACACACAGAUUCAUAAGUGUCCACUUCCUUCUGAAAAAUGAGCUUGAUAAUGAACUUGAUAGGUGCUUUAUUGUUAUUAAGAAUGUCUUUGCCCAAACGGGAGCAACUGUUUCUACACUUGCAGAUUCCCACUUACCCUGACAACUUUAUUUCUCAACGAAUCCAUUAUUAGCUAAAUCAAUAGUUCUGUUAUGUACACAGUAUUUGGGGAUUAAUCUCUUGAAUGUUAUGACACCAUACUGGUACCAUGCAUAUUGUCUUGGACAGUGGAAUGUGCUGUUGCUCCCACCUUGAUAUUGAUAGUGUGAACAUAAUGUAUGUCUGUGUGGGUGUGUGUGAAUGCGAAUUUACCACAAGGCAUCACUAGCCUCUGCUCUCUUUAGGGGAUUAGAGAAUGGAGAAUGGAUGCAGGAUGCUUUACAUUCAGCACACUGAACUAGUCUCUUUUUAAUAUACGGUCCCACUGAUAUCUGCCUGCAUCCUCUGCUGCUUGUGUUUCUCCCUUCAUAUAUUUCUCUGUGAAAGCUUUGCUGAAUAAAGGUUUGGGGUUCUGUGAACAUGGCAUGCACCAUCUAAUACUUUUCUGUGCUAAAAGAUGAGGGAAAAUGUAAACUGCCAAAUAAAAGAACCAGUUAUCUACACAUCCUGAGAA